AUGUCAGAUUAUAAAAGGCCAUCUUUUAGAGCCUUUAUAAGGCGGCUCAACCCUGGCAAAGGAACUGAUCCAAGCAGUGACUCUAAAGGCACUGCUGCAGUCACGCCAGCCGUUUCUCAAGGCGGAUUAUCGGCUGGUUUGCCGUUGAUGUCCGUGUCUUCAGUGAGUGUCGCAGUCACCAAAGAUCCUCGACAAGAAACUAUCUCGCUUGGAUCGUCAGCAUCAAAGGCUGAAAAUGCCUCCACCAUAUCAACAACUAACUACGAAUACAAUGAUCAGCAACAGAUGAUCCAGCAGCUUUGGAAAGAGGCAAUCAAUAAUGUCCAAGCAUCAAAAGACGGCGAAAAGUUGUCAGAAGUCAUUCGAGCUCAGGAACAGAGUUCAGCAGAAGAUGCUCAAAUUACCCUGUCAGACUUGAUAAAGAGACUAGAAACUGAAAUGAAGCGUUUUGGUACACAAAAAAGGCUGGCUGAAGCGAUGGAAAAGAUUGUUCCGCAUCUCAAUCGAUUCGCUGUUGUUGGCGAUAUCGCUGUUAGCAUGAAUCCCAAUCCUGCUGCCCUCCCAUGGGCCGCUAACCUUACAGCUAGAGAAGAGAUCAGAGGCAAGAUUGUGGAAGGCAUCGCCGAAAUCACUGUUCUGGUCUUUGAAUGCAGCGUUUACCACGAGCUUUACCUCUCUUCGUCGGCUUCCACAUACCUUCCUAUCAAUGCAAACUUACGACGGACAAUUACCGAUGCGCUGUCUCACUGUAUCAGGUUCCUUGGCUUUGCUCUCCGUCGUCAGCAAGCAGCAGCAAAAGCCUUCACGGAUGCCUUUCGCCUAGAGGAUUUUACUGGAUAUUUGAAAGGCCUCAAUAUUUCGAAAGACAAGCUACAUGAUGCUGGUUCACUAUGUGAAUUACAUCAUAACUCUCAAAGCCGAGAUCAACUCAGGGCUUUGCAUGAUUUGAUGGUCGAUAUGAGGCUGGAGUCCAGUGAAAGGGCGGAGGAGAGGGUCAAGUCGCAGCUGAGGAAUCUUCUGGUUGAUCCCAAAGAUGUCUUCGAUCAUAUUUACCACCCACACGACUCCUUCUGUCUUGAGGGAACGCGAGUACAGGUUCUCCAUGACAUAGAAAAAUGGGCUCACGAUCCCUCAAGUCCGACCAUCUGUUGGCUUCCAGGCCUUGCUGGUACCGGCAAGAGCACAAUUUCACGUACUAUUUCUCGAAAUCUAAAGACCAAAAGCCUCGGGGCUAGCUUCUUCUUCAAGAGAGGUGCAGGCAAACGAGGAAAUGGUCGACAUUUGUUCUCCAUUUUGGCAUAUCAACUGGCACUAUAUCUCCCUCCCAUUCUUCCAUAUAUCUUGGAGGCCAUGAAGGAGGAUCAUUCACUCAACGUGGCACCUAUCCAAAUCCAAUGGCAGAAGCUGAUCCUAAGUCCACUUUCCAAACUCCAAGACGAGGGGCUCGCCAAGCCUAUUGUAUUCGUUCUUGACGCACUGGAUGAAUGUGACGAACAAGAUCGUGGCGAGAUCUUCCGUCUGCUAUUAGCCACAUGCCCGGCGAUACUGAGAGUCUUUCUCACAAGCAGGCCAGAGCUUGAUAUCAUGGGUCACUUUGCCAACGAACCGCUUCACAAGGAAAUCGUGCUUCACAAGCUCCAUGUUGGAACUAUAGAAAGUGACUUCCGUGUGUACCUCCGUCAGGCAAUGCAGAGCUUUGUGGUAGAGUACAAUCGUACUCAUCCCCAGAAGCAUAUGCAGUUAUCUUCAGAUUGGCCUGGGGAGGAACGAUUUGAAUUACUACUUCACAAAGCCUUACCGCUAUUCAUCGCAGCUGCUACUUUUGUACGCAUGAUCAGCGAUAGACACUGGGCAAAGAGUCCUGAUUCUAAAAUCGACUUCAUCAUUGAUAAGUCAUCGAGGGUCAACUCUACGUAUGAGGCUCUGUACAAGCCUGUCUUAACCCUCAUAUUGAGCGGUGCACCUGAUGAAGACAAGGAUGAGGUUAGAAAGGGCUUUUUGGACAUCAUUGGAUCUCUUGUCUUGCUCGCCAGUCCUCUACCAAUAGUCUCACUGGCGAGGCUUCUGGGCGUUGAUGCAUGGUCUAUAUCCAGCCAGGUCGACCCACUGCGUUCUGUAAUCGAUGUUCCUGAAGACGAUAGCCCUCUCCAGCUAUUCCAUCUUUCGUUCCGAGAUUAUAUCCUGAGUCAAUCCGCUGGGGAUCUACAGGUGAGCGAACUGAAGACACAGGACAGACUCGCAAGUAGAUGUCUGGGUCUUAUGAGAGGAACAUUGAAGGUUAAUAUCUGUGGACUCUCGUCGCCUGGAGAGGCGCUCUUAGAUAUUGAGCCAUCUACUAUCGAUGAUCAUUUGCCCGCCGAGAUCCAGUAUGCAUGCUUGUAUUGGGUUCACCAUCUCGAAUCAGCUGGCGUGCGUAUUCAUGACGAAGGUGAUGCGCAUUGCUUUCUUCAAGGUUGGUUUUCGAACUGGCUUGAGGUCUUAUGUCUACUUGGAAGACUUGACGAUGCCCUCCGGAUGCUCCAAGAGUUACAGGUGCGACAGGAGACUUCUGGGGCAAGUGUACUGCAAUUCAUUCAAGACGCAAUACAGUUCAUUCGCUAUUUUCGUACCGGCAUAGAAGAAACACCUCUCCAGAUAUACCAUUCCGGAACUAUCUUCAGCCCAAAAGGGAGCAUCGCUCCAACUCCAUUCAAAGACCGCCACUACCCAGACUAUAUCGUUCAGCCCUCGAUCGUAGAUCCAAACUGGCCACAGAGUCAAACCCUCGAGGUUGUUGAUGAAGGACUCUCACAGCUGGCAUUUCUUCCCGAUAACAAGCUAGCCUCGAUUGACUACGAGGGAGAUAUAAGAGUCUGGGACCAGAGGUCAUGUUCUCGUCUGCACAGCAUAAGUCACGGCUCUAAGCGGGGCUUCAUUACGGUUCUUGCAUGGUACAACAGCAGAAUCAUAGCUGUCGGAUGGCCUGACAUGAUCACGAUUUACGAUCUCGACAAUGGCGCAUCCAUUUGGAGCCUCCCCCUUACGGGUGUAUAUGGUGUCGAAAGUAUCGCAUUUUCUGAUGAUGGUAGGUUUAUCUGCUCAGUCGAUCUUGAAUCUGUAGUGUUCAUUUACAGCCUCGACACAGGGAAAUGCGUCUCUAAGUUUGAUAUACCAGACAAACACCGACCUAUACUCUUGUCGCCAAAGGGUCAGUGGAUAGCAGCCAUCGCCCAGAACUCGAUGCUUCUUUCACGAUGGAGUUGCUCCACGAAACCGUCUUGGACUUUCCUAGGACCUCAACACGAGCAUGACAUCGUACGCUUCUCAAGCGAUGGCUGUUUGGUCGCUUCGCUAUCGUCCACAUCAAAAAUGGUGAAGGUAUGGAGCACGGAGUCAUACGAAUAUCUUCACACAUUGCAUUUUGAGACACCGAUCGUCCAUGACCAACUGGCUCUCAACAAGGACUGGCUGAUAGUCAGCCUUAGGAGCCAUAGGACUCUCGUCCUUGACAUGAAGACCGGGGUUCUUUCCAAGACUGUCUGCAGUUUCAUCAGGGCUGGACCUGCUAUCUCAGACGACGGAACCUUACUCGCUGGCCAAUCAUUAGAAGGAGCCGUCAGGAUAUGGGAUCUUACAUCAAUGGCUUCGACGGAGGACAGCACAGCUACCCGACGAUCCAUGGGGGUGGAAAUGGUGACGCCUUUCAGGGAUGAGAACACCAUACUCUCCCAUAGCCGGGGGGGCAUCAAGAUCUGGGAUAUGGCGAGUGGAGUUUGCAAAGAAGCACUAGAACCAGAAAUCCCCUUGGAAACCCAGACAUUCGUAGCAGCUGCGACUGAGGCACCGGUGUUUGCCAUAUUGAAAGACAAAACCGUUGAAAUCUGGAACACCAAUCCUCCACGCCAAGCCAGUACCUUCGAGCGGACGUUCAAUCAUCUUGGAGCGCUUUAUUGUUGCCUCGCCAUUUCUGCCAACGGUGGACGACUGGCUGUUGGGUCCUCAGAGCCAGGUACAGUUGAGAUCUGGGAUGUGGAAAAUACAGUUCUCCAGCAUACACUGGCCGUUCCCCUGAAUGGCUUUCCUCGUGUCGCUUUUUCGCCGGACGCUUCCAAGAUUGCAUACACUAUCUGGGGAGCCAUCAAGAUUCGCUGCCUUCCUGGACUCGAAACACUGACUAUUAAAACUGAGGUGGAGUCCGGAGAAUCUUUCAUAGACACUCUGACUUUUCGAGGCGAGCGACUCAUAGGGGCAUAUUUGAACACCCAGGUGCAGGUCUGGAAUACGUGUACAGGGGAAAGUCUGUUUCUUUCGCAGCCACAUCCGGAGCUCCAGCAUUUCGGCACGGGGACCAGCUUUCUCAACCUUGAUGCCAUUGUCCAAGGUAAUCGGGCUGACGAUGACAUACUGGGGACAUAUUACAUCGGUGACGAUCCCGCUUGGGUUAUUAGGAAUGGUGAGAGGAUACUCUGGCUGCCACCAGAUUACAAACCCGAGUCCGCAUACAUGUCAGGAACGACGAUGGUCCUUGGGACAUAUUCAGGGCGUGUACUAUUCCUGUACCUAAAGGAGUAG